GCGUGGCCGGGGCUGGGCGUGGCCGGGGCGGGGCUGGGGCGGGGCCGCGGGGAGGGGGGGCGGCCCGGGCAGGGCCGGGAGCCGCCGGGAGCCGCCGGGAGCCGCCGGAGCCGCCGCCCGCCAUGGAGCCCAACAGCCCCCGCAAGAUCCAGUUCACGGUGCCGCUGCUGGAGCCGCACCUCGACCCGGAGGCGGCCGAGCAGAUCCGGAGGCGCCGACCGACUCCUGCCAACCUGGUCCUGAGCAGCGACCAGUCGUCCCCAGAGAUCGACGAGGACCGACUGCCCAACCCCCUGCUGAAGUCAGGUCUGGCCAUGUCGCCCAGGCAGAGGAAGAAGGUUUCCCGCACCACCCCGACCAUGAAAGAGCUGCAGAUGAUGGUGGAGCAUCACCUGUGCAAGCAGGCGCAGGGCGAGGAGGAGGAGGAGGAGGCGGCCAGCGCCGGUGGCCCCGGCCACUGCCACCACAGUGACACCGAGCACAGCCACAGCCCCGGCGGCACCUGCCCGCUGGCCACACACCAGGGGCGCCCCAGCCCUGGCGAACCACCCACAGGGACCCACGGGGACGGGCGGCAAAGCCUGGCCGAGGAGGGCACCCAUAUAGCACCGAAGGAAGGUGCCAGCAAGGGUGCUGCCAGCAGCCAGUAGGUGCAGCGGGGCCGGCCGAGGCCGCGGCGGGGCCGGAGGAGCCGAACGCCGCCGGGAUAAUUUUUUUUAAUUUUAUUUUUAUUAAUUGGU